AAGUAGAGAUUCCUUUUAUCGUGUUACUAGUGUGUAUAGACUUCGACAGCACCAGAAAAAACGGUCUCUUUAUUCUUGCCCGUUGUUGAGUGAACAAAUGAACGAGCUAGAUCUUCUUUUGAAAGAGCUAGACGCAGUAGGAUCCGCGCGAGCGUCUACGGUGCAUGCUCUGGGUUCCCCUGGUGACCAGCCCGCCCCUUUUGGAGGAAAGCCUAAGGAUGUAGUGACCCUCACCAAAACCGUUGAGAAACGGGGAGCUGGUAUAAAGGAGCUAGACAGCCUUGUGAGAGAUCUCACAGAUCUCAAAGGGCUCGUAAGUAGCUCCAAUGAGGCUUUAGCAGGACCGGGCGCCGAAAUGCAUCCUUCCCCACUACCGCCAAAUCGCCCGCCUCAGCAAUCUCCGCCAUCACGGCAUCUACCCGUCCCUGCCCAAGUCAACGAUUCGGUAAGAAGACCUUCUGAAGUCGCAGGUCAACUGGAACGAUUGAUGGGAGACUUGUCACUGGAGGCAGCAGGUGGAGAUGAUGGAGAGUCAAUCUCUUCUGAUAGGACAGAUGGGAGUUUGGAUGCUCUCGGAGGACCUAGUGCCGAUAUCACCAAUCAUAGUGAAGGAGAUCGAGCAGAGCCGCAAGAACGCAGUCCCGAGCAUUCACGAAGUACCACGGCGCCAUCCUAUGAUGCACCACCAACGCCUUUUUCCCAACCUCCAUCUUCACAUGCCCAACUGUCAGAUAGUGCGCAGGGAUCGCUUCCACAACCUGAUUUUCAGCCCGGGAGUGGCCCAACUUCCAAUUUUGUAUCGAACACCGUGUCCAAGUUUUGUGUAGUGUGCCACAAGCCGUUGUCUGGCCCCGUCGUCAAUGCAAUGGGCCGAACGUACCAUCCGGAGCAUUUUACGUGCUUCUCCUGCAAUCGGCAAUUAGGGCACGGUCGCUUUUUUGAAAAGGCAGGAGAAGCGUAUUGUGACUCCUGUUGGCAGAUGAACCUUCCUAAAUGCGCGUACUGUUCCGGCCGUAUCAUGGAGCGCUGCAUAACUGCCCUCGGCCAGCAUUGGCACCCACAUCAUUUCUUCUGCGCACAAUGUGGUAAGCUUUUCCCCCCAGGAGCCGGAUUCUUGGAAAAGGAUGGGAUGGCGUACUGUGAGGAAGACUAUUUCAACCUCUUUGCAAUGCGAUGUGGGGGCUGUGGAAAGGGAAUUAUUGGAGAGUUUGUGUCCGCCUGUGGAAAGGAGUGGCAUAUGGGAUGUUUCGUGUGUGCGGACUGUAAGCAACCGUUCCCAACGGGGACAUUCUAUGAGCAACAUGGCCAACCGUACUGUGCGACACAUCAUGCAUUGCGACGGGCUCAUCAGAUGGGAUAAAGCGAUUCCAUCGAUCGCGUGUCAUUUAGCGCUGGCUGUCAAAAGACCAUUUCUAUAAGAGGUCUAGCGACAUGGUAACUGCCGCAGGUAAGGUGUGGCAUUCGGAAUGCUUUUACCUGCAGCUACUGCUCGCGAAAGCUGGACCCUAAAGGGGAAACGAUAGUGACGGCAGUGCAUGGAAGGAGAAGGACGGUCGAUGUUAUUGUACCGCAUGUUUGCGGGUAGUGAGAUAAUCUUGGCCCUAUGCCUCCUUCCACCCAAGGCCCUUUGCAUAAAAUCAAGUCGAGUGCAUUUUACACUAGUAUUGAUAAUAUCACAUUCAUUCCAUGCACA